UACGUACAAAACAAAAUGGCGUCCUACUGUUUCACUGUCACUCGGUUGCGGCUGGCCCUUGGAAGCGGUGCAAGGCGAUUGCAUGUGUCUGCUGCCCUCAGCGCCGAGGCCAAAGUGGCAAUGAGCCGCUUUGAGCCGGGUUCCAGCAUUAACUAUGAGCAGCUGCAUCAGAACAUCAACAUUGUGAGAAAGAGACUCAACAGACCUCUGACGCUGUCUGAGAAGAUUGUGUACGGUCAUUUGGAUGAUCCGGCAGGGCAGGAGAUUGAGCGCGGUCGCACUUACCUGCGCUUGCGUCCGGACCGUGUGGCUAUGCAGGAUGCUACAGCUCAAAUGGCCAUGCUCCAGUUCAUCAGCAGUGGUCUUCCCAAGGUAGCGGUGCCGUCCACUAUCCACUGUGAUCAUCUGAUUGAGGCUCAGAUCGGAGGGGCUCAGGACCUACAGAGGGCUAAGGAUAUAAACCAGGAAGUUUAUAACUUCCUGGCAACUGCUGGUGCCAAAUACGGAGUAGGCUUCUGGAAACCAGGUUCAGGAAUCAUUCAUCAGAUCAUUUUGGAGAACUAUGCAUAUCCUGGGGUGAUGCUGAUCGGUACAGACUCACAUACUCCCAAUGGUGGUGGUCUGGGUUGUGUCUGCAUCGGCGUCGGUGGAGCUGAUGCUGUGGAUGUCAUGGCUGGAAUCCCUUGGGAGCUCAAGUGCCCCAAAGUGAUUGGAGUGAAGCUAACGGGCUCCCUGUCAGGGUGGACAUCUCCAAAGGAUGUCAUCUUGAAGGUGGCUGGCAUACUGACUGUAAAGGGCGGCACUGGUGCCAUUGUAGAGUAUCAUGGGCCAGGAGUUGACUCCAUUUCUUGUACAGGUAUGGCCACCAUCUGCAACAUGGGUGCUGAGAUUGGCGCGACCACCUCGCUUUUCCCCUACAACCAUCGCAUGAAGACUUACCUUGAGAAAACUGGUCGUGCAGAGAUUGCCUCUCUGUCUGAAAAGUUCAAAGAUGACUUGGUUCCAGAUAACGGUUGCGAAUACGACCAGACCGUCGAGAUUAACCUGAGUGAGUUGAAGCCUCACAUCAACGGGCCUUUCACCCCGGACUUGGCCCACCCUGUGUCUGACAUCGGCGCCACUGCUCAGAAGAACGGCUGGCCCCUCGAGGUUAAAGUUGGUCUGAUUGGUAGCUGCACAAACUCCAGCUAUGAGGACAUGGGCAGAGCCGCCUCGCUUGCCAAGCAGGCCUUGGAUAAAGGGAUGAAGUGCAAGGCUCAGUUCACAGUCACCCCUGGUUCUGAACAGAUUCGGGCUACCAUUGAGAGGGACGGAUAUGCCAAGAUCUUGAGUGAUGUUGGGGGGAUUGUACUCGCCAAUGCAUGUGGACCUUGCAUCGGUCAAUGGGACAGGCAGGAUGUGAAAAAAGGCGAGAAGAACACUAUUGUCACUUCCUACAACAGAAAUUUCACUGGUCGAAAUGAUGCUAAUCCCGCCACACAUGCUUUUGUCACCUCCCCUGAGAUUGUCACCGCGAUGGCUCUGGCCGGAACCCUUAACUUCAACCCAGAGACGGACUAUUUGACCGCUCCUAACGGCGAGAAAUUUAAGUUGGAGCCCCCGUGUGGUGACGAGCUCCCCUCCAGAGACUUUGACCCUGGCCAAGACACCUACCAGCAUCCUCCGGCUGAAGGCGGCUCUGUUAAGGUGGAUGUAAACCCUUCCAGCAAUCGCCUGCAGCUACUGGAGCCCUUUGAUAAGUGGCAUGGAGGAGACCUGGAAGACAUGAAGGUCCUUAUCAAGGUGAAGGGGAAGUGUACCACGGAUCACAUCAGCGCCGCCGGGCCCUGGCUAAAAUUCCGCGGUCACCUCGACAACAUCUCUAACAACAUGCUCAUUGGUGCCGUUAACACAGAGAACGACGCGGUCAACAAAGUCAAGAACUAUCUCACCGGAGAGUAUGACGGAGUACCGGAUGUGGCUCGCCACUACAAGGCCAAUGGAGUCAACUGGGUGGUCGUUGGAGAUGAAAACUACGGCGAAGGAUCCAGCAGAGAACAUGCUGCCCUGGAGCCUCGACACUUGGGGGGACGGGCUAUCAUCGUCAAAAGCUUUGCGAGGAUCCACGAGACCAACCUGAAGAAGCAAGGUUUGCUGCCACUAACAUUCGCCAACGCGAGCGACUAUGACAAAAUUCGCCCCGACGACCACAUUUCGAUCACCGGCCUGAAAUCCUUUGCUCCCGGCAAGCCGCUGACAGCGGUGAUCAAACAUGGCGACGGCAGCCAGGAGUCCAUCUCCCUAAACCACACUUUCAAUGAGACGCAAAUCGAGUGGUUCAAAGCUGGUUCCGCUCUCAACAGGAUGAAGACGCUCCAGUAAUUGGUUGAGGAUGAAAGGCGAGGCUUAGCGUGGCCACCGAAGGGCUUUAGUAUGGGUGAAGAAGGGAAGAGGUGAAGGUAGAUAUGGUGUGAACACUUUAUGAUAACCACAUCUGUGGUCCAUUUUAGUAAGAGCACAUUCACACAAACACAAAGUCGCUGGACAGAUGAAAAGCGCACACAGCCACUGAUUGGAUUGCACAAUACAGAGUCAAAUAAAAUGAGCACAGCUGACUUUAGUGUGAGAAGCUUAGCAAAAUCAUCUAUUUCAUGGCUGCACUCCAUAUUUGAGUCACGCACACAGUUUGCUUUAGUGCAUGUGAACCUUGAUUAUUAUUAUUUUUUUGAACAUCACAAAUCAUUAUUAUGAUGUGGCCGUUUUUCCUAUUUCCUAUAAACAUGCUGCUACUAUUCUUAGCAUUAACUCUUUAUUCUUUUCCCCCCUGUGUUUAUUUGUUCAUUUUGCAUGUCUGAAACAUGACAUAUUGUCAUUGAUUUGUCAUUGAAAGAAUUUGGAAGUUGAUCCUCCAGAAAGAUUUGUUACACUAGCCAACACUCUAGCUACUCCAAUAUUUCCCAAAUGCCUGUAUACCAUCUAGCCCUUAAUAAUGCAUCUAUGUUGUGUAAUUAUUUUGCACCUGAUAGAUCGUGACUUAAUUCACUCAUCAUACAUGAAUUCUUCAACAAUGUAAUCAUUAGCUAUCCCAUAUUUACAGUGCAGAACCUGUGAGGUUAUUUUUGUAUUUGUCUUCUUCUUGUACUUUUGCAGAGAUCAUGUUUUUUUUAAUACAAUGAUGAGAGCUCCAUAAAUGUGCUUAAAUGUCACAGUUUGGUGUAAAUGAUGUGCUAUCUUGCUGCACUAUGUAUAGAAGUGUGUACAUAAAUAACAGAAUAAAUAUAUAUUAAGUGAAAGUUAGUUAAUGUAGGCUACUAGUCUAUUAAAUAUCUUGAGAAUGUAUUAUUUCUCCUAUUGUAAAGCAACUUGUCACAAUAUUGUUUAUCAAUGAACCUGUGCUCAAAUGCCCAUUGAUCCUCUUGUUUUGGUCUGCUUAACAAAAAUAAUCAAAUGACAACUUCCAUACAAUGUGAUGCAAUUUCAAUAUGAUUGUUUUCCACAGCUCUUCAUUUGAUAAUUGAGCCUGAUCUAACUCGUGAAAAAUGUGUGCCAUCUCCAUUGUAUAAUUAUUUUAUGUAGCCAAUGCUAAUAAUUACUGUGAUAAAAUAAUCAAUUUAA